CUCCAGCACCGCCCAACUAAUGGUAAUACCCCCCCAGACUCCAGACUCCAGUGCCCACCACGGCCCACUCGACCGUCUCUCUCCGCAACCAUGCAUCUCUACAACCUCACCAUCCUACCACCCUCAGCGAUCACCUGUGCGACUGUCGGCUCAUUCAGCGGGACGCGCCAGCAAGACAUCUGCGUCAGUCGAGGGGGCAGUCGGCUAGAGCUACUCAGGCCGGAUCCGACGACCGGCAAGCUGAGCUCGGUGGUCAGCACUGAAGUCUUCGGGACCAUCCGCGCACUCAGCUCGUUCAGACUCACCGGCGGGACCAAGGACUACAUCAUCCUCGCCUCCGACUCCGGCAGGAUCGUCGUCCUCGAAUUCGACCCCUCCUCAAACACCUUCAUCAAACUACAUCAGGAGACCUAUGGCAAAUCCGGCGCUAGGAGAGUCGUCCCCGGCCAAUAUCUGGCCACCGAUCCAAAGGGAAGAGCCGUCAUGAUCGCCGCUAUCGAGAAGAGCAAGCUGGUCUACAUCCUCAACCGAGACUCGGCUGCCAAUCUCACCAUCUCCUCUCCCCUCGAAGCCCACAAAUCUAACGCGAUCAUCCACCAUAUCGUCGGUGUCGACGUUGGCUUCGAAAACCCCCUCUUUGCGGCCCUGGAGGUGGACUAUGGGGAGGCCGAUCAAGACCCCACGGGAGAGGCUUUCAAUCUCGCCGAGAAGAUGUUAACCUAUUACGAACUAGAUCUAGGCCUAAACCAUGUAGUCAGGAAAUGGUCCGAGCCGACAGAGCCGCGGGCGAACAUGUUACUCCAAGUCCCGGGGGGGCAGAGCACCAGUCAUCCCGACAAGUUCGACGGGCCCUCCGGGGUCAUCGUCUGUUGCGAAGACCUGCUCAUCUACAAACACCAGAACGCCAAGGAACAUCGGGUGCCCAUACCUAAACGAGACUCCCCCUUCAGCGACCCGGCCCAGGGCGUCAUCAUCGUUGCUGCUGUCAUGCACAAGAUGAGAGGGGCGUUCUUUUUCCUCAUCCAAUCCGAGGAAGGCGACCUAUUCAAAGUGACGAUCGACCACGAGGACGAAGAAGUGCAGGCCCUGAAGAUCAAGUACUUCGACACCGUGCCCGUGGCAUCGAACCUGAGCAUCCUCAAGUCCGGCUUCUUAUUUGUGGCUGCCGAGACCGGAAACCAUGCAUUGUAUCAAUUUGAGAAGUUGGGAGAUGAUGAUGAAGAGACCGAGUUCUCGUCGGCGGAUUAUCCCGAGUUUGGGGCCAGUGGGGCGGCGCUACCGGGGGCGUUUUUCAAGCCACGGGGGCUGGAGAACCUCGUCCUUUCGGACGAGUUGGAGUCGCUAGCGCCGAUCACGGGAGCGAAGACGGGACAUCUUCUGAACAGCGACUCGGCGCAGACGGUGGCGAGUUGCGGGACGGGCUCGCGGAGCUCGUUGCGGAUGUUACGGCACGGCCUGGAGGUCUCUGAGAUCGUCACCUCGGAGCUGCCGGGGCCGCCGACGAAUGUCUGGACGACAAGGCUGGCGGAGACGGACGAGUUCGAUCGCUACAUCAUCCUCGGCUUCUUGAACGCCACCCUGGUCCUGGCCAUUGGUGAGACGAUCGUCGAGGUGGCGGAUACCGGCCUCCUCACUAACUCGCCCACGAUCGCCAUCCAACAGCUCGACAGCAACGGGCUCCUCCAGAUCCAUCCCACCGGAAUCCGGCACAUCCAUCUCGACGGCGCAAUCACCGAGUGGAAAGUCCCGCCCGGCCGCAAGAUCGUCGUCUCCACCUCCAACCGACGCCAAGUGGUGAUCGGCUUAAGUGGGGGAGAGCUGAUCUACUUCGAGCUCGACUUGGAUGGUCAACUCAACGAGUACCAAGAACAGAAAGAGAUGGGCGCAACAAUCACCAGUCUGUCGUUAUCUGAAGUCUCCAAGGGCAGACAACGCACUCCCUUCUUGGCCAUAGGACUCGAAAAUCUCACCGUACAAAUCAUCUCCCUCGACCCUAACUCGGUCCUCGAAACUAUCUCCCUCCAGGCCCUCACCGCCGUCCCCACUUCUAUCUGUAUCGCCGAACUCCUGGACUCCUCCAUCGAUAAAAAUAGCGAAACCCUUUUCGUUAAUAUCGGCCUUGCUAACGGCGUCCUUCUUCGCACCGUUCUGGACUCCGUCAACGGGCAACUAACCGAUACAAGAACCCGGUUUUUAGGGUCCAGACCGGUGAAGCUUCUGCGAGUGAAGGUGGACAACAAGACCAGUGUCAUUGGGCUUUCGUCGCGGACCUGGCUGAACUACACGUUCCAGAACCUGCUCCACUUCGAUCCACUGAUCUACGAUGCGAUCGACAACGUGCACAGCUUCAGUGCCGAGCUGUGUCCCGAAGGCUUGAUUGGGAUCGUCGGCAGCUCUCUCCGGAUUUUCACGAUCCCAAAGUUGGGCGUCAAAGUCAAGCAAGACGCCAUGCCGCUCGCUUAUACCCCAAGGAAGAUGUUGCUUGACCCGUCGAGCAAGCAUGUGAUCACGAUCGAGUCGGAGCAUCGUACGAUGGCUCCCGGCGUCAAAGCCGAACGGCUCGCGCUUCAUAAAGCGCAAGGACUACAGGUGGAUGAGUCGCUGCUCGAUCAAGACGCUUUCGGCGUUCCCAGAGCCGAGGCUGGCAAAUGGGCCUCAUGUAUUCGAAUCAGCGACCCUAUUGAGAAAACGACGUUAGUGCGAGAGGAUUUGGGAGAUAACGAGGCAGCGACGUCGCUGGCCAUCGUCAGCUUUGCCUUCGCCGCCCACCAUCCCGCCACCGAGCCCCUGCUGGUCGUCGGAUCGGCGAAGGACGCGUUCGUCCAGCCUCGGACGUGCAAGAACGGCUUCCUGCGCGUCUAUCGGUUCGUCAAUGAUGGCAAAGUCAUCGAACUCGUCCAUAAGACGGAAGUGGAUGAGAUGCCGAGUGCGUUGGUAGGCUUCCAAGGAAGACUAGCCGCGGGGGUCGGGAAAGCGUUACGGAUCUACGACCUGGGCAAGAAGAAGCUGCUCCGGAAGGUGGAGAACAAGAGCUUCGGGAGCGCGAUCAUCUCGCUUUCGGUCCAAGGCUCGCGGAUCCUGGUCGGCGAUAGCCAGGACUCGGUCUCCUACGCCGUCUACAAGCCCGCGGAGAACAGGCUCAUCGUCUUUGCCGACGACGUCGUGCCCAGAUGGACCACCUGUGCUACCAUGGUCGAUUAUGAUACCGUCGCUGGGGGAGAUCGGUUCGGAAACCUCUGGGUCUCCAGGUUGCCCAAGAACGUCUCGGAUGAAGUCGAUGAAGAUCCUACAGGAGCAGGCAUCAUGCACGAAAAGGGAUACCUGAUGGGCGCGCCCCACAAGCUCAAGAACCUCGUCCAUUUCCAUCUCAACGACAUCCCCACCUCGAUCCAGAAAACCUCGCUGGUCCCCGGCGGCAGAGAGGUGCUGUUGUACACCGGUGUCCAGGGCUCCAUCGGCAUCCUCGUCCCGUUCAUCUCCAAAGAAGACGUCGAUUUCUUUCAGACUUUGGAGAUGCAUAUGCGCAAUGAGAUGCCUAGUUUGGUCGGGCGAGAUCAUCUGGCUUAUCGAGGAUACUACUUUCCGGUCAAGAACUGUGUGGAUGGAGAUCUGUGUGAAUCGUUUGCAUUGCUGCCGAGUGCUAAACAGCUCCAGGUCGCCUCGGAACUGGACCGCAGUGUCUCUGACGUGCUGAAAAAAAUCGAGGCCGUUCGUGUCUCUAGCGGUUAUUAAAACUUACCAAAAGAAAACAAAAAAUGUGAAAUGUAUAAUUAAACCUUCAAUCAAUCACACUCAAAUUGCACUUGCCCUCUCCCUUGUCUUUUCUGUUUCUUGGACGCUAUGGGGAGGUGAGUCUUGCUUCUUUGGGAUGCUUUGGGGGAAAGGGAGGGGGGUGGUUGUG